AUGUCGUCGAAUCAAACAACUUCAAUUGCCGAGACUCUCUGGAACAUGUACGAAAUCUCACAAGUUGGUGUGGAUCCCCUCAUCGAUUCGUGGGUCAUGAUGAAAUCGCCUGUAAUGAUGCUCACAAUUAUCGGAUCGUAUCUGGCAUUUGUCACAAAGAUCGGGCCAAGAUUGAUGCGUGAUCGGAAGCCAUUUGACUUGAAAUAUGUCAUGAUGGCUUACAAUGCGUUACAGGUUGUUUUGUGUUGUUACAUUGUUAGCAUGACGAGACUCGUUGACGAACCCUUCAAAUGGCUCUUUAGCUUCGGAUGUCGCUAUACUCCGGGUCGCGAUCGUUAUCUCGCCGUUUUGGUAUGGCAAGGCUCUUAUUUGUACAUGAUUGCGAAACUCUUGGAUCUCUUGGAUACAAUUUUCUUCGUUUUACGUAAAAAGGAUAACCAAAUUUCGUUCUUGCAUAUUUAUCAUCAUACAAUUACCUUUACCUUCUCAUGGUAUUAUUUGAAGUAUUUGCCAGGAGAAUCUGGUGUCUUUGUCGGUUUGAUCAACUCUUCAGUGCACGUUCUCAUGUAUUUCUACUACUUGAUUGCCGCAAUGGGACCUCAAUACCGCAAAUACCUUUGGUGGAAACGUUACAUCACCAAAAUCCAACUCAUCCAAUUCUUCGCCGUUGUUCUCUACAUGACCAUCAUGAUCUGCUUCAGUUGCAAAACCGACAAAUUCUUCACGCGAUUCUUCCUUGCCAACGCCGUGCUCUUCAUCUAUCUCUUCUCCGACUUUUACCGAAAGACAUAUCUCGUGAAUCAACAAAAGAAAGAGGAAAAACGCAAAAGUCUCGCAGCGGAAAAAUUGGCGCAAGAAAUUAAAGCUGCUGCCGCAAACGGACUUGAUAUCAACGGAAAUGUCGCUACACAAAAAGUCAAGAGUAGCUAA